AUGGUGACAGUCUUGAUGAGCCGCGUGAGGCGACACUUUCCUCUUCCUUCUCAUUUCGUGUGUGUGCGUGUGAUUAGCUACUUUCCCUUCACUUUACUUUCAUCGGUGGCUCUCCUCCACGUACACACGUGCGCUGUCUCUCUCCCUUUUCCAUUCUAUGGUUUGCUCUGCCUCCCUCCUCGUAUCGCUCACACAUCAUCAUCACCCUUUACCUCCACCAUCCGUCGCACCUGUGCGUUCGCGAUGGUGAAGGCAGUGGUGAUGAUCAUACUCGUGAUGGGCUGCGCGUGUGUGGAUGAGUGCCCCUCUGCAUCUCCCUUCAGUGACCCCAGUCGAUGUUCUCCGCUCAAUGCAACAAGCGAAGGCAUUCCUCACAGGAAAAGGAGGGCCGCCCUGCGCGUUCAUCCCCAUCUCUCGCACCUCCUCUCUCCCUCAGCCGCCAAUAUGACCUUGUUGCCCCCUCCCCCUCCUCCUCCUCUCCUCCCACCAAAGUGCUGCCUUCAGCCUUUAAUAACGUAUCUAAAGAGGGGGCGCCCAGUCAUGCGUUCUGCUGCUGCUGCUCCUCCGUCCACCAUCGCUGUAGGGGCCGCGCUCCUCCCCAUGAACGACUUACGAACAGGUAUGGCACCGGCUGCACUUCCGCGGGACCACGACCCGCAGUCGACGCGUCCUGCUGCAACGUCGCCGUCCCCGCCCAUGCCCACGUGCCGCCGCCUGAGCUACAACAGUGCGAAGACGGGGAGCAGCUCACGGAGUCACACGCGGGCGUCGCCGUCUUCCGUUGCCUCAUCCCACUCGUGCGUCCACCCGCCAUCACAGCAACAGUCGCAGAAGCUCCAGCACUUUUGGCAGAAACCCGUGCCCGUCGCAGAGGUGACCACCACAACUGCUAGCCUCCGUUCGACUACCGCCGCGGCUCGCGCUACUGUCAUCGCCGCAGACACCUGUGCGAUACGGCACGACAGCCCGCUUGUUGCCCGGUCCCGCUCCCCAUCAAUCUGCAUAGGCACUGCUGCAUCGCCGUGCUCACCAGAAGCCCCACCGUUCGCGGCAACGGUGGCGGCGUCGGCCACCUGUGCGGUGGCGUGCAGCACAAAAAGAGGCAGCGGGGACACCGCCCCUCUCUCCCACGUGCCCACCGACGGCAGACGAGGCGGCGCGACAACAGCGGUGGGCAACGGCAGCACCUCGCCGCCCUCGGCGACGAUCGCUCAAGCAGUGACAGCCACCGUCAUCGUGAAGCAUAGAACUCCUGGGCGUGCGAAGGGGCCAUCGCUGCUGUCACUGCCGUCGCUGUCGUCCGCUGCCGUCUCCCCUCGCGCAGCAGCACCUCGACCCCUACCGGCACGUCACCACAGCGCUGGGACUACUACCCUAGCUAGUAGCGGUCUGCCAGUCGCUCAGCCGCAGCCACAGCGUGCCGCACCUCCCCCUCAGAGGCGCCGCAGUCGGUCCGCCAGCAGUGGAGUAUGUGGCGCAGGCACUAACCCCAACAACGUGUACUUUCAGCCAGUGCCGACGCUGCGCAACGUUGGUGCGGGUGACCCUUCCCCUUUCUCCGCAGGGCAGCUGGCCAUGCCUCGGCGAUCGCCGCAGUGGCCAGCAGUGGCCCCCGCCCUCACGGUCGCUGCAACGACCACAAGAACAGUGCAGCAGCGCGCACCUCCCGUGCAGCUCGUCCGCCCCGCAGAACUGCACCGCAGUGCCACCAUGGUCACCAGAGUAGCGGCUGCCGUGCAGGACCGCCUACAGCCUCCACACCGGUCGAAGCUGGCACGCACUUUGUCCGUGACAUCAGUGCAGCAGCGUCGCCGUACUCCGUCCACAGGCAGCUUCGAUGGUGGCAGCGGCAGCGCUCGCAACACAGAGUCGGUCGCGUCUGCGUCGCUCUUUACGCGCCGCGCAUCCAUUAGCUCUCUUGGCGCCGUCGCCGAGGCCCCUGGGGGACGGUCAAUCGCACCCACCGCCUCACGACGACCGCGCUUGAGCACGGCGUCGGGCCCCCUCUUCACCUACACGACACGAGGAGCGAGGAGCGGCGGAAGUCCGGCAGGGCAUAUUGAGCCGUGGAGCUCCGCUAACGGUGCGCCGGACUUUGUCGCCGCCAGCAACAACACCACCGCUGAAGAACGCACUUUGCUUCGCAAGGACGUAGUGCGCAGCAGCUCUGCCCCAGCGCACAAGCAACGCCACGCGAGGAGCAGCAGUCGUACCAGCAGCGCAGUGCCCGGUAACCUCGCCAGCCAAGCCCCCCGCACUGCGGAUGGAUGCGGUGCGCUGGCGGCGGCUCCACCCCUCCUUGUGCGCUCCGCCUCGGUGAGCAGUGCACACCAGCGGCGACCGCACACCAGCACCGACAAUCCGGUCGGCGUCGUUGCGACGGCCGCUUCUGGGCCAGCGACGGUGUCCACCAGCUUCGUGCGUACGUCGCUAGUGCCGCGCCGUAGCCAGAGCCGCAACGGCACCAGUGGCACCACUCGCAGCGGUGCUACCGGGAAAAACGCGCUGACUUCGCUGGGCACCGCAGCAGUGUCGAUGACAGCUAGACCCCCCAACGUGAAUAUCGACGUCACUGCCAGGCGUGCCAACCCCGGUGCUACCCGGCCCACCAUCGACAGCACUGCCGGUGCUGGUGACCCCUGCUCGCAUCCUUUGGCUUCCACCGAGGCAGGAUUGCGUCGCCUUGCCAGUCGCAAGCCACGAGACGGCGGCAGCAAAAACACCGUGUCAGCGAGUCAGUCAUCGAUGAUUGAAAUGGAGGAGAGCAAGGCGUUCCUGCAAGAGUUCCAGCGCAUGAAUGAGCGUGAAUUGGCCUUGUUCGGGACGCUGCUGGCCACCGUGGCCAGCGAGCAGCAGCAGCAGCAGCGCUGUGACCUCGGCAUCGCUGGCGGUGCUGCUCUGGGCGCAGACAAGGCGGACGACACCGCCAUGCUAAGCAGCGCCGCGGGUGAUAGAGCCGCUGGCAUUGCCCCUUCGACGGGAGUAGUAGUGUCAGCAGAGGACGUGACGGUGUGGGCAUGCAAGCGUGCCGUCUCUCUACCCCUCCAUCAGCAACAGGGGCAGUCAAAGCUAGAGCAGACAUCCGGCAUGCCGCCGCCGACAACGACGACGCCAGGAAAGCCAGAAGCGGUGGCACCGCCUCACCUGCAUGCCGACGAUGAGCUCAUCGUUCUGGUGCGUCGUUCGCACAGCUGCACCGCCAGCCUUCACGCUCCGCCAUCAUCAUCGAUGUCGGGGUCGGAAGCGCAGCAGCUGCAGACGGACCAACUCACUCAGCGAACUGAUGGAACCAAAGGGCAAGACGACGCCCAUCUCGUGGCGAGUCCGCAUGCCGCCGUGCGGCCUCCACCACACCAGCAGCAACAGCAGGGCAUUGUGGUAGACACGGCUGCAGGAAGCCGUAGCAGAUGCUGCGCAACAGCGCUGCAUCGUGCGUCCCGCAGCCCGUCGCCGGCACCUCCGCCACUGGUCAGCACUGCUGACGGAAAAGAGAAUGACCUGCAGACCCUUCUGCUCAACUCUGCGAGCAGCACCUCUGUUCCUGCAUCCUCCCUUCCGACACCGACUUGUGCACAAGCGCACCCUGGCACCACACGAGUGCCACAGCAGCAGCAGCAGCAGGUGGAGAUGUUGGCGAGUGCAUGCCCGGACAUGAGUGGCAGUGGUGGGCUGCGGCCACGUGCGGAAACAGACGUCAACACGUCUGCGAACCGCACCGCUGCCGGGGCUGCGUGGAAAUCUUCAGUGGAAGCAAUGUCAAGGUCGACGCGCACGGUACGCAAAGAAUUACCGUCCAGCACUGGGGCAGCGGCCGCGACGGCUGGGACAGUGAGGCGGGGUAUGGUGCGCGAUGGCCCAUCCUCGGCUGCUGCUGCUGCUGCUGCCGGUCUCAUCCGAGGCGGCGGCCGGCGUCGUUGCGGCGCCAACAAUGGCAAAGACACGUCGCCUUCGCCCCCAGAGCAGCAGCGGCAGUGCAACGCUGAGGGCUACGCAGAUAUCAUCCGCCGCUACAUCCCUAACGCGCUAGAGGAGUCGCACGACGGCAACGGCAUUGACGGCUGCGACAAUAACUUGAAGGAGGGAGGAGUGCCCUUCGAUGAGGACCCUCACUCUGCGGGUGCCUCUGCAUCUUCGCUGUCACGAGCAGCGUCUGAGGCGUCAGCGCCGCUGGCUGCACUCAAGAGAGCGAAGGAGAUGGCCGCCGAACUGGCCGCCGCUGCGCGGACGAAGACGAUAGCAGCGGACAAAUACUCUGCAGCGAUGAUGUCCACGCCGUUCUUGUCGCCCUCGAUCUUCUCCUUCGCUGACUCGCCCACAAGCGGCAGUGCAAGCAUGGGCCGCGCGAGUGGUGGCUACGCCACUGGAGCGGCGACGGAAAUAUCCGGCGUCCGGGUUACCGCCGCGCAGCUGCAGCUUCUCAUUGACGGCUCACGUAGCCAAGCGAACUAUGCACGCUAUCAACCCCUUUAG